CUCAGUCAACUGCAGCGUUGCGAACACCAUUUCUAACACGUUAUAUAUGUCACAUAUACAUAGCUGCUAAGGUUUGCUGUUAACAUGAGACCAUAUGUGACUUCACUCCUACUGGUCAUGGAGAUUUAUUCUACAUUAAGGAUAACUCACGUGAAAGGUCAGACACCAAGUCUACAAGGUUCGUCGUCCACUGUUGUAAGGGGUGAUACGUUUCAGUUUACCUGUACUGUUGCCGGUGGUGGUGGCUCCUUACAAGGAGGUUUGAACUUCCAAAGAGAGCGGUUAUUCGCUCCGUGUACUGUCAAUGCUGGUACCUGCAUCCAGUUCACCAAUCUAGCUGGGUACACCUGUGAGUGUGUGGGUGGACAGACGCGGGUAUUCUACAUGAAUAUCACAUCAGUCAGCACGGGUGAUGGUGGUACCUGGAGGUGUCAGUACAGCAACUCUAUCAGCAACUCCAUCAGCCUGGAUGUACUGUACGGCCCAGGCAUUACAUCUGUUCCGACAAACAGACAAAUAAUAGAGAACGCCAGUCCUGACAUAGACUGCAGCAGUAACAUCACAGCCGGCAACCCCUCAACGACGACUAGUUACACAUGGACAGGUCCGGGAGGGUACAGCAAGGACGGAGCUGUACUAGACAGACUUAUCAACAGGAACCAGGGAGGGCUGUACACCUGUACGGCCACCAGUACUGCAGGACUGUCGGACACGGCUCAGGUCAACGUCACUGUUCAGUAUGCUUCAACAAUAACCUCCGUCCCUACCAACAUGAACGUGACAGAGAAAGCCAGUCCUGGUAUCGACUGCAGCAGUAACAUCACACCUGGCAACCCCUCCACAACACGCUACAGCUGGACAGGUCCGGGAGGGUACAGCAAGAACGGAGCUGUACUAGACAGACUUAUCAACAGGAACCAGGGAGGAGUGUACACCUGUACUGCCACCAACACUGCAGGACUGUCAGACACAGCUCAGGUCAACAUCAAUGUACAGUAUGCCCCAGAAAUAACAUCCGUCCCUACCAACAUGAACGUGACGGAGAAUGCCAGUUCUGGUAUAGACUGCAGCAGUAACAUCACACCUGGCAACCCCUCCACAACACGCUACAGGUGGACAGGUCCGGGAGGGUACAGCAAGGACGGAGCUGUACUAGAUAGACUCGUCACCAGGAACCAGGGAGGAGUGUACACCUGUUCAGCCACCAACACUGCAGGACUGUCGGACACAGCCCAGGUCAACGUCAAUGUACAUUAUGCCCCAGAAAUAACCUCCGUCCCUACCAGCAUGAAUGUGACGGAGAAUGCCAGUCCUGGUAUAGACUGCAGCAGUAACAUCACACCCGGCAACCCCUCCACAACACGCUACAGGUGGACAGGUCCGGGAGGGUACAGCAAGGACGGAGCUGUACUAGACAGACUUGUCACCAGGAACCAGGGAGGAGUGUACACCUGUUCAGCCACCAACACUGCAGGACUGUCGGACACAGCCCAGGUCAAUGUCAAUGUACAGUAUCGUCCACAACGAGAUAUGCAAAAACAAUUUAGUCCAACGAUCAUUCGACAAAUGAACGACACGGCCGCCAUGGUGGCCACUGCUGUUUCUGACCCGCUGCCACAGUUCACCUGGUGGCGAUAUGACAGCGGGCACCUGCAGGAUAUAGCAGACACUACUGACUACAUUGUAUUCAGCUCCGACUUACAGACAGUCCUCAUUGUCAGGAUCAAACACCCCAGAGACUACGGGGCAUACGCAUUGAAGAUGAACAACUCCUUUGGAGAAAGCAUACUCAGCUAUACAGUAUCACCAGCAAGCAGUGCUACUGGUCAGUCACAGCCAGAUGGACUCGGUCAAGGAAUUGGUAUUGGAAUCGGAGUAUCCCUGCCAGUGGUACUUGUGUUAACUGUCAUCAUUGUAAUCAUGUGGCGACGAAGCCGUGGAAACAUUGACAAAGUUAACAAAGAUCAAACAGAAGCAAUCGAACUCCAAUCACACGGGAACACCACACCAAACCCAGACGGAGCCUACGCAAGCCUUGAUGAGCAUACCCCUCAGAAUAUAAACGAAUAUGAGAAACUCGACAUGGGAAACACCGACAAAGAAUCAGAAGAGACGGUUGGCACGGUUGAAAAGGAAUCUGUGUACGAAAACCAAGGGGCUGGUAGAGAUACCCUAGAUUCUGUAAAUGGAAGAAACACAGUGGAUCGAGAAUGACUCCCAAAUUCUAAACAACAGUUUCAGCAAUGAGGAAAUGACUACCACGUUCCAAAACACAGUUGUAACAAUCAUCAGGAAAUGAGUAGUGUCUUCCAAACAACAGUUGCAACAAUCGGGAUGUGACUUGCAAGUUCGAAUUUUCAGCGGAAACAAUCGGAGUGUGACUGUCAACUUCCAUGCAACGAUCCACGUGUGAGAUUAAUGAUGACAACUGCGUCUGGACAUUAGUUGUUUAACCCUGUCAUCAGGACAGUUGUACACUCGGCAAUAGAAGUGGAACCGGUACUAACAAGGUUGACGGGGAUUCACUGUUUAUCAUAAUCUUCGUUUUUUAUUGAUACAUGAUAUAUUCUGUGAACGUCUUACACUGUCUUCAGAAUGAUAUCAGUGACUUGCCCCUUAUAAUUGCUGUAAAUUUUAUUUGCUUGUGAACAUUAAUUAUUUUCUACUUUUAUCACUA